UAAGACACGACAGAAAACGCGAGCGUGAUUUCUAGAAGAUGGCGACCGCCCUGGUGGUGUCCUCUUCAGUUGCUACAAAUCCUCAGAAGGAACAAAGCAAUGCAGCCAUUCAGAAGGUUGUGAGUCCUGAAUCGUACAUCAAGCAUCCAUUACAGAACAAGUGGGCUCUUUGGUUUUUCAAGAAUGACAAAAGCAAAACAUGGCAAGCUAAUCUUCGUCUCAUCUCCAAAUUUGACACUGUGGAAGACUUCUGGGCAUUAUACAAUCACAUUCAGCUAUCAAGUAACUUGAUGUCUGGCUGUGACUACUCGCUCUUCAAGGAUGGAAUUGAGCCGAUGUGGGAGGAUGAACAGAAUCGACGAGGUGGCCGCUGGCUGAUAACUCUGUCCAAGCAGCAGCGUAAAGCAGACCUGGAUCGGUUCUGGUUGGAGACGCUCUUGUGUCUUGUCGGUGAAGCCUUUGAUGAUCACAGCGAUGAUGUUUGUGGAGCCGUCAUUAACAUCCGAGCCAAAGGAGACAAAAUUGCAAUAUGGACCACAGACUACGAAAACAAAGAAGCCAUCACACACAUAGGGCGUGUGUAUAAAGAGAGAUUAGGCGUUCCGCCAAAAGUGAUCAUUGGAUACCAGUCGCAUGCCGACACGGCCACAAAGAGCGGCUCCACCACCAAGAACAAGUUUGUUGCCUGAGGACCAUAAAACAGAAUCAUCAUCCGUGCCUUUUCUGUUGCCAGCAGAGAUUUUUUGUAAUUUUUCUAUGAAUAUAACAGCCCUGUAAAUCCACUAACAAACAUUUAAAGUGGAGAUAAAACGGUUUCCUUUUUGUUUGUCUGUUUAACAUUUCACCAAAGCUUUUGUUUGUGGUGAGAGUGUGACGUUACAAUGCAGCACCAUCGUUUCAGGACUUUACAACUUUGUUUUUGUGGUGGAGUAUGGAGGGCUGAAGAUGCGUAAAAGAUGUUUUGAUGCCCUGAUUUCUUGUUUAAAUUCGGCUGCAUAUUUGUGAAUUUAUUUAAUUUAUCCACCUCUUACGUUUUUUUUAAAAGUACUUAACAUUAAAGGCAAGAAAACGAAGUAAAACAUUUUCUACUUUGGUA